AUGCCUGGGCCGCAAGGUCAAAAGGGGCCGUCCGGAAAUCCCGGAUUAGAUGGGAUUAUCGGCGAUGCUGGUCCCAAAGGUCCUCCUGGGCGAGAUGGGACGCCUGGUCGUCCUGGUAGGCCAGGUCCUUCAGGACUGCCGGGAAAGAAGGGAGUGGCAGGCGAGAAGGGAGUCUGUCCGAAAUAUUGUGCACUGGACGGUGGAGUGUUUUUUGAAGAUGGUGAACUCCGACAUUGA